CUCUCUUCCCUUUAUCCUCCUCCAUCCUCCAUUCGCCUCUUUUCUCCUUCCUUCUUUCGUCCUAUUUCUCAUCCACACACAUACACACAAUGGCCUCUCGUGGACUUCCCCGUGCCCUCCGCCUGGCCCGCGUUGGUGCCCCUCGCUCCGUGCUCUCCGCCGCCCUCCCCCGGCCCGCCCUCAAGGCUGCCACCGCCGCCGUUCCCCGCGUGACCGCCGCCCCGAUCACCCCCGCCCGCGGCGUCAAGACCAUGACCUUUGCCGACAGCCAGGAGACCGUCUACGAGCGUGAGGACUGGCCCCGUGAGAAGCUCCAGGAGUACUUCAAGAACGACACCCUUGCCCUGAUCGGCUACGGCUCCCAGGGUCACGGCCAGGGUCUGAACCUGCGCGACCAGGGUCUCAACGUCAUCGUCGGUGUCCGCAAGGACGGUGCCUCGUGGAAGGAGGCCAUCCAGGACGGCUGGGUUCCCGGCAAGAACCUGUUCGACGUCGAGACCGCCGUCAAGAAGGGUACCAUCGUCAUGAACCUGCUCUCCGACGCUGCACAGUCCGAGACCUGGCCCCAGCUGAAGCCCCUGAUCACCAAGGGCAAGACCCUCUACUUCUCCCACGGUUUCUCCCCCGUCUUCAAGGAGAAGACCAAGGUCGAGGUCCCCGAGGACGUCGACGUCAUCCUCGUCGCUCCCAAGGGCUCUGGCCGCACCGUCCGCUCCCUCUUCCGUGAGGGCCGCGGCAUCAACUCCUCCGUCGCCGUCUUCCAGGACGUCACUGGCAAGGCCAAGGAGAAGGCCAUCGCCCUGGGUGUCGCCGUUGGCUCCGGAUACCUGUACGAGACCACCUUCGAGAAGGAGGUCUACUCCGAUCUGUACGGUGAGCGUGGCUGCCUGAUGGGUGGUAUCCACGGUAUGUUCCUCGCCCAGUACGAGGUCCUCCGUGAGCGUGGCCACAGCCCCUCCGAGGCUUUCAACGAGACCGUCGAGGAGGCCACUCAGUCCCUCUACCCUCUGAUCGGUGCCAACGGCAUGGACUGGAUGUACGCCGCCUGCUCCACCACCGCCCGCCGUGGUGCCAUCGACUGGUCCGCUCGCUUCAAGGACAACCUCAAGCCCCUCUUCAACGAGCUGUACGACGCCGUCCGCGACGGUACCGAGACCCAGCGCUCCCUGGACUACAACUCCCAGAAGGACUACCGCGAGAAGUACGAGAAGGAGAUGCAGGACAUCCGUGAUCUCGAGAUCUGGCGCGCCGGAAAGGCUGUUCGCUCCCUCCGCCCCGAGAACCAGAAGUAAAUCAGUCACUUCAUCUUUUUCUGAAUUCUUUGAGAUCGGGAUAGAAACCCCUGGGGGGAAAAGUUUUACGACUGUACUAUGAUGUGAACUGUUUAGGAUUUCCUUUUCUUCUUUUUCUUUUUUGUUCAAACCUAUCCUAUCUACUGGUGUAUAAUCGGAAAUAUCGUUACCAUAAAUUCUUACUUUCUACCGC